UUUCGUUCGCCAGCAAAGAAGGCAAGGAAGCUGACGUAUAGAAUUUUAAGAGUUGUCUUGCCACUGAACAGUACGCAGCUUUUAUUUGUGUUUGUAAAAGUUAAAGUAACCUAUUUAGUAAAAAUGUCUGGAAAGAACAACAAAGCUUUUACAAAAGAAGAAGAGUUAUUGUUGCAAGAUUUUAGCCGGAAUGUGUCCACAAAAUCGUCUGCUCUCUUCUACGGGAACGCUUUUAUUGUUUCAGCAAUUCCAAUUUGGUUGUUCUGGAGGGUACAUUCAUUGGAAAUAAGCACCGCAAUUAUUUGGUUUAUCCUAGUAACGGCAGCUAGCACCUGGUUGCUGGCUCUUGCCUACCGUAACACUAAGUUCCAGUUGAAGCACCGCGUUGCUGUGCGCAGAGAGGAUGCUGUUGCCCGUGAAAUGUCCAGGAAGCUUGCUGAUGAUAAAAAAAUGAGCAGAAAAGAAAAGGACGAAAGAAUCUUGUGGAAAAAGAAUGAGGUGGCAGAUUAUGAAGCUACCACAUACUCAAUUUUCUACAAUAACGCACUUUUCCUGACUAUUGUCAUCUUGAGCAGUUUCUACAUUCUGCGUACAUUCACACCUACAGUUAAUUACAUUGUGUCUCUCACGGCUGCAUCUGGACUUCUUGCUCUACUCUCCACAGGAACCAAGUGAAGAUGGAAGUUUAAUGUGCCACGUGAUACAAACAGUUUUAAUAUUAAACAUUUUAGAAAUACUGUGGCAAUUAAAAAUAUGAAUGAGUUGUGAGUGUAUGUGUUACAGUAAAUUAUAUUUGUUAGUUAAAAAGUUUUUACUUUACAUAGGAAAUAUGUCAGUUUAUGAGAGUUUUAAAUAAGUAAACAGAUUUUAAUAAUAAAACAUAUUUGAACAA